AUGGUGUGCUCGGUUAUUGCUGAGCCACCAGUUUCGGGAGCUGCUUACCUUCCACCACACUCAGGUGGCCAAGGUUUUGGUGGAAGCGGAAGCGGAUUUGGAUCCGGCGGAAGAGGAGGAGGAGGAGGUUAUUCCGGUUCCGGUGGAUUCGGUGGUAAUUCCGGUUUCGGAGGCGGUUCCGGAGGUUUCGGAGGAGGUUCUUCUUUUGGCGGAGGCUAUGGCGGCGGUGCCGGUGCCAACUACGAAUUUAGCUACGAAGUUAAAGAUCCCGCUUCCGGUAACGAUUUCGGACACAUGGAAAGUAGAAAAGGUGAUUUCGCACAAGGAAGAUAUCACGUUUUGUUACCUGAUGGCAGAACCCUCGUAGUCGGUUACACAGCCGAUGAAAACGGAUACCAACCAGAAAUAAAAUACGAAGGAGAGGCUCGAGUCAACACUGGCUUUGGAGGAGGUGUUGGUGGUGGAUAUUCUGGAUCUGCAGGAGGAUUUGGAGGAGCUGGUGCUGGAGGUGGAAACGGAUAUAGUGGUAAUUUCGGAUCUUUCGGAUCCGGUGGAGCAGGUGGAGCAGGUGGAUAUUCUCAAGGUGGUAGAGGAUUUGGUGGAGCUGGUUCUGGAUUUAACAGAGGUGGAUCCGGCAGUUUUGAUUCUGCAUCUGGCUACAGAUAUUAA